UCUGGCACCGAUUAUCCCUGCUGCUGCCGCUGCUGCCGCUGCUGCUGCUGCUAAACUCAGCUGCUGCCUCUAUCUUGAGGGACCCCAGCGCCGCCCCCCAGCCAUGCUGCCUGCUACCACAGCCUCCCUCUUGGGGCCCCUCCUCACUGCAUGGGCCCUGCUGCCUUUUGCCCAGGGCCAGACCCCGAACUACACCAGACCUGUGUUCCUGUGUGGAGGGGAUGUGACUGGGGAGUCAGGUUACGUGGCAAGUGAGAGUUUUCCCAACCACUACCCCCCCAAUAAGGACUGCAUCUGGACAAUCACGGUCCCCGAAGGCCAGACUGUGUCCCUCUCCUUCCGAGUUUUUGACCUGGAACUACACCCUGCCUGCCGUUAUGAUGCUCUGGAGGUCUUUGCCGGGUCUGGAACCUCGGGCCAGCGGCUCGGGCGCUUCUGCGGGACCUUCCGGCCAGCGCCCAUAGUCGCCCCUGGCAACCAGGUGACCCUAAAGAUGACAGCAGACGAGGGCACAGGAGGACGAGGCUUCCUGCUCUGGUACAGCGGGCGGGCCACCUCGGGCACUGAGCACCAAUUUUGCGGGGGGCGGCUGGAGAAAGCCCAGGGAACCCUGACCACGCCCAACUGGCCCGAGUCUGAUUACCCCCCGGGCAUCAGCUGUUCCUGGCACAUCAUCGCACCCCCAAACCAGGUGAUCUCGCUGACCUUUGGGAAGUUUGACGUGGAGCCGGACACCUACUGCCGAUAUGACUCAGUCAGCGUGUUCAACGGAGCCGUGAGCGAUGACGCCAAGAGGCUGGGGAAGUUCUGCGGAGACACAGCCCCUGGUCCCAUCUCCUCCGAAGGGAAUGAGCUCCUCGUCCAGUUCGUCUCGGACCUCAGCGUCACAGCCGAUGGCUUCUCAGCCUCCUACAGGACCUUGCCACGGGGCGCCGCAAAAGAAGGGUCGGCCGGGAACCCAGGGGAGGAUGCCCGGCCAAGACCCCCACUCCUUGGCCCGGGCCCCAAGCCGGGAGCUGAGCCCAAAGUCAAGCCAGAACUCCCACCUGCGGAGAAACCAAAAGCCUCGCCUGAGGCCGAGGCAACCCCCGUGGGCUCAGAUACACCCAGUGUCACCUGCCCAAAGCAGUGCCGGAGGACAGGCACCUUGCAAAGCAACUUCUGUAUCAGCAACCUGGUGGUGACCGGAACAAUCAAGUCCAUGGUUCGGGGCCCAGGGGAAGGCCUCACUGUCACUGUCAGUCUUAUUGGCGCUUACAAAACCGGGGGCCUGGACCUGCCCUCUGCACCCGCAGAUACCUCCUUGAAGUUUUAUGUGCCCUGCAAGCAGUGUCCCCCCAUGAAGAAAGGAGCCAGUUAUCUGCUGAUGGGCCAGGUAGAAGAGAACAGAGGUCCUGUCCUCCCUCCAGAUAGCUUCGUGGUUCUCUACCGGCCCAACCAGGACCAGAUCCUCACCAGCCUCAGCAAGAGGAAGUGCCCCUCCCAGCCUGUUCGGGCUGCUAGGUCCCAGGCCUGAAACCCAGGCCAGCCUUGGACCUUGGCUCUAGGGACCCAUUUUUUAUCCAAAUAAAUGUUCCUUUACUGAGGAAGGAGCAUUUCUAUGGUUUUGGUGCCCAUCUUGGGGAUUUAUAUUCACUCAUUCAUUAAACUCAACAGACAUUUACUAUACAGAAUCAUCUUUUAAGAACCUAAGUUGGAGCUUGUUACCCCUUUGCUUAAAAUUACCCCACAGGCAAACCCACACAAUAGUAACCAUUUAGAGAUGAGGGUUAUGCUAAUGAGCUUGAUUGAAGUGAUCUUUUCACAAUGUAUACAAACCAUCAAGUUGUAGAUCUUAAAUAUACACAAGUUAUAUGUUAAAGAUUAUCUCAAAGCUGUUAAGAAGAAACUAUAUAAGCACUCUCCUAUAGUUUUCCAUCAGUCUCAGAAUAAAAUCCAAAGUCGUCCUGUGG